CGCCCUCAUCACGAUAUUAUCUCCAUCCCCAAAAGCCUCAAACUCUCUCUCUCUCUCUCUGUCUCUCUCGCUCUCGGAACUCGAAGCUUGUUUCGAAGUCAAUAAUCAACGUUCCAUGUCUCCCGUGAUCUGAAACCGCCUACCUUUCUCGCUUCCCACCUUGUUUCGCCAUCGCUCGCCGUCUCCAAUGGCUUCUCUCCUCCGUAUCCACUCCUCACUCUGCAAGCACAGCUAUCACCAUUCCCAGACCUUACUCCGCCUUCCUUCUCACCAUCUCUCACCUCUUCCCAUCGCGAAGCCCCUACCUGGGCGUCUUUUUGUGUUUCAUCGCUUUCAUUGCCGUAGCGGCGGCGGCAGUAGUACCACUUCUGUUGAAAGGCCCAAGGAGGAGAAGAGGAAGAAGUCCAUGAAUCAAGGAAAGGCUGUUUUACAUGUCCGUCUUGAUCACCAGGUUGAGUUUGGUGAGCAAGUCGCAGUCCUUGGGUCCUCUAAAGAACUGGGAUCAUGGAAAAACCCUGUCCGGAUGGACUGGUCUUCGGAAGGAUGGGUCUGUGAGCUUGAGGUUCGUGGAGGAGAAAUAAUUGAAUUCAAGUUUGUCAUUUUGCCUAAGGAUGGGAAGAGUGUCAUGUGGGAGAAUGGAGAUAACCGAGUUUUGGAGUUGCCGAUGGGUGGGGAGUUUGGUCUAGUCUGUCACUGGAAUAAUACUGGGGAGGUUGUUGAACUUUCUGAAUUGGUAUGGGAUGAAAACAUAGCCAGUCAAUUGGAUGGUGACGUUGAUGGAGAUGGCUGUGAUGGUGAAGUCGUCUUGGAGGUGGAGACAAGCCCAUUUGUUGAGCAAUGGAAGGGUAGGCAAGCUUCUUUUAUGCGUUCAAAUGAACAUGCAAGUAGGGAGACUGAGCGGAGAUGGGAUACUGAGGGCCUUGAUGCUGUGGCAUUGAAACUUGUGGAGGGUGACCGUGGCGCCAGGAAUUGGUGGCGGAAGCUAGAACUUGUAUCAGACCUGCUGAUGGCAAAUCAGGAGGAAGGAAAUCUCUUGGAUGCGCUAAUAUACUCUGCUAUCUACCUGAAGUGGAUCAAUACAGGCCAAAUUCCCUGUUUUGAAGAUGGAGGACACCGCCGGCCAAACAGGCCUGCUGAGAUUUCUAGACUUAUUUUUCGUGAGCUUGAAAGGAUAACUGAUCAAAAAAAUAAGUGGCCUUUGGCUGUGCUUGUGGGCCGAAAGAUUCAUCCAUGCCUGCCUUCAUUUAAGUCAGAAUUUACUGCAUCUGUUCCUCUAACUCGUAUACGUGAUAUUGCUCAUCGUAAUGAUAUCCCUCAUGACUUGAAGCAAGAAAUUAAGCAUACAAUACAAAACAAGCUUCAUCGAAAUGCUGGUCCAGAAGAUUUGAUUGCUACAGAAGCCAUGCUUGCUAAGAUAACAAAGACUCCAGGGCAGUAUAGUGAAGCAUUUAUAGAACAGUUCGAGAUAUUUCAUCAAGAACUCAAAGAUUUCUUUAAUGCUGGGAGUUUGACUGAGCAACUUAUUUCAAUCAAAGAAUCUCUGGAUGAAGAAAGCUUAUUAGCUCUUGAUCAUUUUUUGAAGUGCAAGAAGAGUUUGGAGACACAAGAACUGGGAAAUUCUGCUGAAAUUGGUGUGAAUGAGUUGAUGAAGACCAUGCAGUCUUUGACUACUAUAAGAGCUCUUGUUGUCAAAGGCCUUCAAAGUGGCCUUCGAAAUGAUGCCCCUGAUGCUGCUAUAGCUAUGCGUCAGAAGUGGCGCCUAUGUGAAAUUGGACUUGAAGACUACUCAUUUGUUCUGUUAAGCAGGUUCUUAAAUGCACUUGAAGCAAUGGGAGGAUCAUCUUGGCUUGCACAUAAUACUGGACCAAAGGAUAUAAGUUGUUGGAAUGAACCGCUUGGUGCACUUAUUAUUGCAAUUCGUCAAGUUGGGCUCUCAGGAUGGAAAUCAGAAGAGUGUGAUGCCAUACAAAAUGAGCUUCUUGCAUGGCAGCAGAAAGGUUAUUCUGAAACACAAGGCGAUGAGAGUGGCAAAUAUAUCUGGGCUUUGAGACUGAAGGCUACUCUUGACAGAUCAAGAAGACUAACAGAAGAAUUUUCUGAAGUUCUUCUACAGAUAUUUCCUGAUAAAGUCCAGAAACUAGGGAAAGCACUGGGAAUUCCAGCAAAUAGUGUGAUGACAUAUACAGAAGCUGAAAUUCGUGCAGGUGUUAUCUUUCAGGUUUCAAAGAUUUGCACUGUUCUUCUCAAGGCUGUACGAAUUGCACUUGGAUCAUUUGGCUGGGAUGUCCUUGUCCCAGGAGUGGCUCAUGGAACACUUAUGCAGGUGGAAAAUAUUGUCCCUGGUUCUCUGCCUUCGACACUCACAGGUCCUGUUAUUUUGGUGGUCAACAAGGCUGAUGGUGACGAGGAGGUUAAGGCAGCUGGGAGCAACAUUGUUGGGCUUGUGCUUCUUCAGGAGUUACCUCACCUUUCACAUCUAGGCGUCAGGGCUAGACAGGAGAAAGUUGUUUUUGUCACUUGUGAAGAUGAUGACAAGAUUUCUAGUAUCAGAGAACUUGUUGGGAAAAAUGUGAGGUUGGAAGCGUCAGCUGCUGGAGUUGAUCUAUCUACCUCUUCGUCAACAAAUGGUCAUACUUUUUCCUCUGAAAUCCUAUCAGACAAUGGAUCAUCAUCUCUCAAGGAAACUGAGGAACUGGGCUAUUCACUUUUUGCUGAUCUUAUCAAGCCAAAAGGGCCUCUUUUUAAGAAGGGUGCUACUUCUUGUGAUGUGUUAGAGCUUUCACAGGCAAAUGCCAAGACAUCAGGUGCAAAGGCUGCUGCGUGCGGUCAACUUGCAGCUCUGGCCAAGCUUUCUGUAAAAGUUUACAGUGAUCAAGGAGUUCCUGCUUCAUUUCAAGUACCUGGAGGUGCAGUAAUUCCCUUCGGGGCCAUGGAAUCAGCACUUGAGAGAAGUGGAUCCUUAGGCACAUUCCUAUCUCUCAUACAACAGAUUGAGACAGCCGAACUUGAAGGUGGUGAUCUCGACAGAAUGUGUUCCAAACUCCAGUCCUUGGUAUCAGCUCAAUGCCCAACAGCAAGUACAAUUGGAUCUUUGCGAAAAAUCUUUCCAAGCAAUGCUCGAUUAAUAGUAAGAUCCAGUGCCAAUGUGGAAGAUUUAGCAGGCAUGUCAGCUGCAGGACUGUACGAGUCCAUUCUGAAUGUUAGCCUCUCAGACCCAGCUGUCUUUGAGGCUGCUGUUGGCCGCGUGUGGGCUUCCUUGUACACACGGAGAGCAAUUUUAAGCAGGCGAGUGGCUCGUGUUCCCCAGAAAGAUGCCCAAAUGGCUGUGUUGGUUCAGGAGAUGCUUGUGCCGGAUCUCUCCUUCGUGCUUCACACACUAAGCCCUACAGACCGUGACCAUAAAUUGGUCGAGGCAGAGAUUGCGCCCGGCCUUGGUGAAACUCUUGCAUCCGGUACCCGUGGAACUCCAUGGCGGCUAUCUUCAGGGAAAUUCGAUGGCAGAGUCAGUACCUUAGCAUUUGCAAACUUCAGUGAGGAGAUGAUCGUUUUGAAUUCUGGUCCUGCCAAUGGUGAGGUUAUUCGGUUGACCGUCGAUUACAGCAAGAAGCCCUUGACAGUUGAUCCUAUAUUCAGGCGACAGAUUGGUCAACGUCUUUGCGCAAUCGGUUUCUUUCUUGAGCAGAAGUUCGGCUGCCCGCAGGAUGUUGAGGGCUGUGUUGUAGGCAAAAACAUUUACAUAGUCCAGUCCAGGCCUCAACCAUGACACUGUUGUUUAUGUCUCUGAUGAAUAAAUACAUGCCUAGUGCUUGGCCGAGAAAAACACUCAAUCCAUGAGAAUAAAUAAACUGGUGAUAUCAAGGCACACAUAAAUACAAAGAUCAGCACCGUUACUUGUGUUUUGAUCAUGUACUCUGUAAUUAUAAGAUGUAUGAGCACUAUUUUCUUUAUUUUGUUA